AUGAACAUGCCCCUUGUUGCGGGCGUGGCUCCUCGUGCGUGCAAGGCAGCGGCACCUGCUGGUGUCUCUGUGCGCACGUACAUGCAGGAUGUGGUUAUCAAGAGGAAGACGGGUAUGCCUCAGGUUGCCAGGGGCCCAUACGGCCUCGGUCGCAACUCGGUGACGGGCAGCGUGGCUACCGUCUUUGGUGCGACUGGUUUCCUCGGCCGCUACCUCGUGAGCAAGCUCGCAAAGCGCGGUACGCAGGUUGUGGUGCCCUACCGUGACGAGGAAGAGAAGCGUCACCUGCGCGUUCUCGGCGACCUUGGACAGAUCGUGCCUCUCGAGUGGGACAUGCGCAAUGACCAGCAGACCCUCGAGUGUCUGCGGCACUCGGACACCGUGUACAACCUCACGGGCCGCAACUACGAAACGAAGCGGUUCUCCUUCCAUGACGUGCACGUCGAGGGUGCGCGCCGCAUUGCCGAGAUCGCGCAGAGUGCGGGUGUUGCGCGCUUUGUGCAGAUGUCGCACCUGAGCGCGGACGCCAACUCGCCGAGCGGCUACCUGCGCACCAAGGCGCUUGGUGAGGACGCCGUGCGCCGCUCGUUUGAUGGCGCGACGGUUGUGCGCCCUUCGUCGAUGUACGGCCACGAGGACCGUUUCCUGAACAAGCUUGCUUCUUGGCCCAUCACCUGGAAGCUGAACAACAUGCAGACGCAGUACGCGCCCGUCCACUCGCUCGACGUGGCGCAAGCGCUCGCCAUCAUUGGCGAGACAGACGCUGCUUCGAUCGGCCAGACCUAUGCGCUUCCUGGUCCCAAGACGUACACGGUCCGCGAGCUGCUGGAGCUCGUCGAGAGCGUCACCUACCAGAAGCUCAUCUCGCCGGAUAUCAACGUGCCCAAGUUCAUUUUCAAGAGCGUGGCCCGCCUGGGUGAGAAGGGCAUCUGGUGGCCCAUGUUCAACGCGGAUGAGGUGGAGCGCCGCUUCAUCAGCGAGAACCCCAACGUGACGGGCGUCAAGGGCUUUGCUGACCUCGGCAUCGACCCUGAUGUCCUCGAGGACGUGGCGAUCCUGUACUUGCGCCGCUUCCGCUCCCACCUCCGCUACGAGCAGCCCAUGAGCAACGCGCACACGGGUGCGAUCAAGCUCAAGAAGAGGGCCUACCGCGUGAUCGACACUGCGACGACCUACUUUACGUAUCUGGUUCAUGCCGCCCCAGCCGCGCUGACCGAAAAGACGCCCAAGGCGCAGGCGUCGGUCAUGCAGCGCAUGAUCAACCGCGCGUCCGACUUCUGGGUCAACCUGGGCCGUACCGACGUGUCGUCGACGUUGAACUGGCGCCGGCGCACGUUCCUGCUCGGCGAGCGCAUCAUGGACCGCAUCGAGUACGAAGAGUGGGCACUCAAGGGCAUCGACCAGGGCAUGGGGCCUGCCCUGAAGGAGCUGAUGGAGCACGAGGCGAACAAGCGCCAGGCCGCGCCGCUGAAGCUGGAAUACCCAAAAGAGCUCGUGUCCGAGUCCGAGGUGAUGAAGUCGCUGAGCGAGCUUGCGAAAAAGCGCGAGCCGCACCACUACCGCCUCCUGGCCUACAACAUGGUCGGCAUUCCGAUCACCGCGCCUUUGUUCUUGGUGCCGGUCCUGCCCAACUUUGUCACAUACUAUCUCAUGUGGCGCGCAUGGAGCCACUGGCGCGCGUACAUUGCGUCUCAAGCCCUGAAUGUCUUGCUGAAAAGAAAGCUGAUCGAGCCCGUGCCGAGCACGCAAUUCGAGGCGGCCUUCCAAGAGGUGCAGAGCACCAAGGAUGCGGAUCUCACGGACUGGGACGUGUAUCUCCACGCCGAACAAAUCGCACCGCUCGUACGCGCAUUUGAUCUAUCGACGCAAGCACGCAUCGACCUGCGGCGGGCGCAGGAGCAGCUCACUAUGGUCAUGCAGCGCGGCCAAAAGAGCCAUACAUAG